AUGGCUCGUUACGCUCUCGCUUUGACUGCGCUCUUCGCAAUUGCUCAAGCUAUCACCAUCACCUCCCCAUCUACCAACGGAGAAUGGGAUCUCAGCGAGGGAGCUCAAAGUAUCACCUGGACUUCAGUCUCCACUGAUCCCCAAACCGUCGAUAUCUACCUCGUCCACAUGGCAUCCAACCCACCUCUCAGCGAUGUUCUCUUCACCAAUGUCGAUAUCAGCAAGGGAUCUGAGAGUGUUACCGGUCUCCAAUUGCCAACCGGUGGCAACUACCAAAUCAACUUCGUUAGCCCAGGAAAGGCAGAGCAAAUCUUGGCUCAAUCUCAACAAUUCACCGUCAAUGGAGUAGCCUCCAGUGCAAGCAGCACACUUGCAGGUUAUACUGGAUCCGCUUCCGCUUCUUCUACUACCUCCACCCGUACUUCCACCUUCACCUCUACCGGUUCAUCCACCACUGUUACCGGUACCACUACCUCCACUGGAACUGGCUUGGUUACCUCUGCCUCCGCUGCUAGCCAAACCUCUUCCGGCGCAUCUUCUUCCUCCAGCUCCAAGGCAUCUGCAUCUGGUAACGGAGCUGCUGCUACUGGUAUCCCAAUGGUCGGACUUUUGGCUGGUGCCGCUGCUCUUUUCUUGUAA